GACCGUUGUACCGGGAGUUGAAAUCGGGACAUUAUGGAGAUUAGGAAGGCCAUUUGUGUCCUGAAGGGUCCCGGUUCUGCUACUGGCACAAUUUGUUUCAAAACAGAGGAAGGUGCACAUUCGACUUGUAUAACCGGAGAAAUUACUGGAUUGACUCCUGGAAAACAUGGAUUUCAUGUGCACACAUAUGGUGACAUAUCUAAAGGCUGUGGCAGUGCUGGACCUCAUUAUAACCCUUGUAAUGAAACUCACGGAGCACCAGAAGACAAAAAGAGACAUGUAGGUGACCUGGGGAACAUAGAAGCUGAUGAAAAUGGAGUAGCUUGUGUUGAUAUGGUAGACCGACUUCUUCGCCUGGCAGGAAAGUAUUCUAUUAUUGGACGUACCUUGGUGGUUAAUGAAAAGGAAGAUGAUCUGGGCAAAGGUGGUAACAAGGAGAGUCUUGAAUCAGGAAACCAUGGAGCAGGCGUAGCCUGGGGUAUAAUUGGAAUAGAUGAGGACCCCAAGUAA